AUGUUUUUCUACAUGCUUCUCUCGCCAUAUUUGUGCGUGUUCGGACUCUGCGAUGUCUACUACUAUAAUUAUUUAAAAUUGGACAAUUUGGGAUGUUCGGAACUCCAAAAAUCGCUUGUCAAAUGGAUGAUAAACAAUUUCUUCGUCAUGCUCUUCUUUCUUCAUAAAUUUCAACCAAGACACGUGUUCACUCAUCGGAAUAUGUUGAGACAAGGAUCUAUCGGUGUCGCGUUGACGACUGUGUGGAUUCCAGUGGUAAAAGACUCCGCCCACCUUCUGAUCCCACUGAUGCUAAUCCACGCCUUCUGCCUCGUCAUCGGACCAUUUCACAUAAUAUUUCACUUUUUUCGAGGCGGGUUUCGGCAGAUGAAUCAUGUUGCUCAUUUUAUGAUGAGCAACCUAUUCGCCCAGUGGUUCGGAAACAGAAUAUUCGAUCGGUUGGCUCAAAAACCGUCCGAUCCGAAGACAUCACUGGAAUUCGUAUAUACUGAGUGCUCCAUGGCAAUGAUUCUAUUUGUGGCGACUAUGUUGGCUGAUUAUAUCGAUUUAUUGAUAGAAGAAGCAAGACUUGAAGAAGAAAUGGAACGAAAUUAA